AUGACGACGACGCAGACGCAGACGCAGACGUACCGGGGCAACUGCCACUGCGGCGCCUACGUGUACGAGGCCAAGCUGCCGGAGAUUACGUCGGCGCACGAGUGCAACUGCAGCAUCUGCCGCAAAAAGGGCUAUCUCUGGGUCUUUGUGGGCGAGAGCGACGACUUCCGGGCCGUCAAGGGGACCGAUGACGAGCUUACUAGCUACUCGUUUGGCUCCGGCAAGAUGUUCCACAAGUUCUGUCCCAAGUGUGCUACGCCCCUCAUGGGGGUAUUUCCAGACGGGCCCCCGGGCAAGCAGCGGGGUUUGAACGUGCAUGCCAUCCAGGGAUUGAACACCUGGAAGUUGGAAAGGAAGAUGUUUGACGGGGCUGCGAUGGGGAACAAAUACGUCCCUCAUGAGUACAAGGGCAGCUUGCCGGCAGCCGUCGCAGGCAAGCAGCUGUACACGGGAAGCUGUCACUGCGGCAAAGUGCGUGUGGCGCUCAUGAGCAAGCCCUUGGAUGAUAGCUACGACGAUAGAAUAGUCGAGUGCAACUGCAGCAUCUGCGAGAGAAACGGGUGCCGCUGGGUCUAUCCGCCCGUGGCCGCCGUGGUGCUGGCUGGCGACGACGCCGACAUCGGCCGAUACUCGUUUGCGCGGCACAUUAUGAGCAAGACGUUUUGCAGGACCUGCGGCGUGUGCAUGACGAAUGAGCGCAACGCACUGCUGGCCGACGAUGCCAUUUCGGAGAGGGACGGCCCGUUCAAGGCGUGGGCUGAGACGUACCGCCCCGUCAACCUGCGUGUCCUGGACAAUGUGGAUCUGUCGGGCUUGAGGCCGGCGCAGAUGAACGACGGGGCCAACUCGUUGCCACCACCGUACGAGAAUCCGUGA